UAGAAGCUCGCGAGACAGUAGGUUUAUAGGGGUGGAAAUUACGAAAAUAAAUUCUUCCCGGUGAGGUGCAAUAUUUUUUUUGUUGCGGUUUUAAUGAUUAUAUGCAAGGGAUAUUUAGGUAACAUCUGUUACGCAUGUAGAUUUCUUUUUUAUGUAUGUAAAUAAUCAUAAUGUGGCGAUAAACGAAACCAACUGAUAUUACCAAAUUUCCAUACAAGAAAAACAAGUAGAAAGAGACCUGCGGUUGCUAUGGAGAAGCUGCGGCUGUCAGACCUGGGGCAGGCCUGAGCCCCGGACUGGAGUUACUGGGAAAGGCCGGGGACGGGAAGAGGUGGGAGCAACCCUUUGGGAAAGAGAGGUAUUUAUGCAUUUUAAUGACAAGCUGACUGGCAUCAGGUGGUGGUCUGAAUAAAGGGAAGGAAAUAGUUCCAAAGAAAAUACGUUAAUCCCAACACAACCAUCCAAGGGAGUUGUUUAGAAGACGUGCAUUUGCUGAAUUACUUGAAGCAGUGUAGAGACUUUGAAGAUGCCUCCAAGACCAUCGUCGGGUGAACUGUGGGGCAUCCACUUGAUGCCUCCAAGGAUUUUGGUGGACUGUCUGCUGCCUAAUGGAAUGAUUCUGACAUUGGAGUGCCUCCGUGAAGCCACACUAAUUACCAUUAAACAUGAACUUUUUAAGGAAGCCAGAAAGUACCCUCUUCAUCAUCUCCUGCAGGAUGAAACCUCGUAUAUUUUUGUCAGUGUUACACAGGAGGCAGAGAGGGAGGAAUUUUAUGACGAAACAAGACGACUUUGUGAUCUCCGACUCUUCCAGCCAUUUUUGAAGGUCAUAGAGCCAGUUGGCAAUAGAGAGGAGAAAAUUCUUAACCGGGAAAUUGGUUUUGCAAUUGGUAUGCCUGUGUGUGAGUUUGAUCUUGUAAAGGAUCCUGAAGUGCAGGACUUCAGAAGAAACAUACUGAAUGUCUGUAAAGAAGCAGUGGACCUCAGAGAUGUAAAUGGGCCACACAGUCGAGCACUAUAUGUUUACCCUCCAAAUGUAGAAUCCUCUCCAGAACUUCCAAAGCACAUCUACAGUAAACUUGAUAAAGGUCAAAUAAUUGUUGUGAUUUGGGUGAUAGUUUCUCCCAAUAAUGACAAACAGAAGUACACACUAAAAAUUAACCACGACUGCGUACCGGAGCACGUAAUAGCAGAAGCUAUAAGGAAGAAAACUCGGAGCAUGCUGCUUUCACCUGAGCAACUCAAAAUGUGUGUGCAAGAAUACCAGGGAAAAUACAUCCUGAAAGUGUGUGGCUGCGAUGAGUACUUGCUGGAAAAAUACCCGCUUAGUCAGUACAAGUAUGUGAGAAGUUGCAUCAUGUUGGGGCGUAUGCCGAAUCUGAUGCUGAUGGCUAAGGAGAGUCUGUACACUCAGCUGCCAAUUGAUAAUUUCACCAUGCCAUCUUACGCUCGUCGAAUCUCAACUGCCACUCCUUACAUGAAUGGAGAAACCUCUGCUAAGUCCUUAUGGACCAUUAAUGAUACCUUGAGGAUAAAGAUCUUGUGUGCAACAUAUGUAAAUGUAAACAUUCGAGAUAUUGAUAAGAUUUAUGUGCGAACAGGCAUAUAUCAUGGAGGAGAACAGAUGUGUGAUAAUGUGAACACUCAGCGAGUGCCAUGUUCUAACCCAAGGUGGAAUGAAUGGCUGAAGUAUGACAUGUACAUUCCUGAUAUUCCACGUGCAGCUCGGCUCGGUCUGUCCAUCUGCUCUGUCAAAGGCAGGAAGGGGGCUAAAGAGGAACAUUGUCCAUUGGCAUGGGGAAACAUUAAUCUGUUUGAUUAUACAGACACUCUUGUCUCUGGAAAAAUGGCACUAAAUUUAUGGCCUGUGCCUCAUGGACUGGAAGACUUGCUAAAUCCCAUUGGAGUGACGGGCUCAAAUCCAAAUAAGGAAACUCCUUGUUUAGAGUUAGAAUUUGAUUAUUUCAGCAGCCCUGUGAAGUUUCCUGACAUGUCAACAAUUGAGGACCAUGCUAAUUGGACUAUAUCCAGGGAACUGGGGUUUAAUUAUUGCCCUACUGGCUUGAAUAACAGAUUAGCUCGAGACAAUGAGCUGACAGAAAGUGAUAACGAACAGCUCCGUUUGGUUUGUAACAGAGACCCUCUUUCUGAGAUCACUGAGCAAGAGAAAGAUUUCCUUUGGCGACACAGACAUAUUUUGGUAAACAUACCUGAAAUUCUGCCCAAAAUUCUGCUUGCUGUAAAGUGGAACUCCAGAGAUGAAGCAUCACAGAUGUAUUGUCUGUUAAAGGACUGGCCCGCAAUUAAACCAGAGCAGGCAAUGGAAUUGUUGGACUGUAACUACCCAGAUCCCAUGAUACGUGAUUUUGCUGUGAGGUGUCUUGAAAAGUACUUGACAGAUGACAAACUCUCUCAGUACCUAAUUCAGCUUGUACAGGUCCUGAAAUAUGAGCAGUAUCUAGAUAACCCACUAGUGAGAUUUUUACUCAAGAAAGCUUUGACCAAUCAGAGAAUUGGACAUUUCUUCUUUUGGCACUUGAAGUCUGAAAUGCACAACAAAACAGUGAGUCAGCGGUUUGGCUUGCUUCUGGAGUCCUACUGCCGAGCCUGCGGCAUGUAUCUGAAACACUUGAGUCGGCAGGUUGAAGCCAUGGAGAAAUUGAUUAACCUCACAGAUAUCCUCAAACAGGAGAAAAAAGAUGAAACGCAAAAGGUGCAAAUGAAGUUUCUUGUAGAGCAAAUGAGGCGGCCAGACUACAUGGAUGCAUUACAGAACUUUACCUCUCCACUCAACCCUGCACACCAAUUAGGCAAUUUAAGGCUUGAAGAAUGCAGAAUCAUGUCAUCUGCAAAAAGGCCUCUGUGGUUGAAUUGGGAAAAUCCAGAUAUCAUGUCCGAGCUUCUGUUUCAGAACAAUGAGAUCAUUUUUAAAAAUGGAGAUGAUUUGCGACAAGACAUGUUAACCCUGCAAAUCAUAAGAAUUAUGGAAAACAUCUGGCAGAACCAGGGCCUUGAUCUCCGGAUGCUUCCUUAUGGCUGUUUGUCAAUUGGUGAUUGUGUGGGACUGAUUGAGGUGGUAAGAAGCUCUCAUACGAUCAUGCAGAUCCAGUGUAAAGGAGGACUGAAGGGCGCACUGCAGUUCAACAGCCAUACUUUACACCAGUGGCUUAAAGACAAGAACAAAGGAGAAAUGUAUGAUCUAGCCAUUGACUUGUUUACACGUUCCUGUGCUGGCUACUGUGUUGCCACUUUUAUCCUUGGAAUUGGGGACAGACACAAUAGCAACAUCAUGGUAAAGGAUGAUGGGCAGCUGUUCCAUAUAGAUUUUGGUCAUUUCUUGGAUCACAAGAAGAAAAAAUUUGGAUACAAACGAGAACGAGUGCCAUUUGUCUUAACUCAAGAUUUCUUAAUUGUGAUAAGCAAAGGAGCUCAAGAAUGCACUAAAACAAGAGAGUUUGAAAGGUUUCAAGAGAUGUGCUAUAAAGCUUACUUGGCAAUCAGACAGCAUGCCAACCUCUUUAUAAACCUUUUCUCUAUGAUGCUGGGCUCAGGAAUGCCAGAGCUACAGUCUUUUGAUGACAUUGCUUACAUUCGGAAGACCCUGGCACUGGACAAAACUGAGCAAGAAGCUCUAGACUAUUUCAUGAAGCAGAUGAAUGAUGCUCAUCAUGGUGGGUGGACAACAAAAAUGGACUGGAUCUUCCACACAAUACGACAGCAUGCCUUGAACUGAAAUAAUGUUGAGGAGAGAAGUGAUUGGAUUAUCUGACAACCAAGUGCUGUCUCAAGUAGCAUCCACACUGGAUGCGAGCGAAUAAUUUAGAAGUCACUGCAGUCAAGUGGGUGUAUCCACACCAGCAUCGAGCGACG